GUAUGGCUCGACGAAUGGAAAGACUUUUAUUAUGCCAUAAAUCCGGCGGCAAAGAAGGCGGAGAUGGGAAACACUGAGUCUCGCAAACAAUUAAGACGAGACCUUAAAUGCAAAAGCUUUCGAUGGUAUUUAGAGAAUAUAUAUCCCGAGAGUUCUAUGCCUUUAGACUACUAUUCUUUGGGAGACAUUAAAAAUAUUGAUAACAACAACUGUUUGGAUACUUAUGGCCGUAAAAGUGGCGAAAACUUAGCGAUGACUCAAUGCCACGGUUUGGGAGGAAAUCAAGUGUUUGCGUAUUCAAAGAGAAAGCAGAUUAUGUCUGACGACAAUUGUUUGGACGCUUCGGACGCUAAGAGUUCUGUGAAAUUGAUUCGCUGUCACGGAAUGGGAGGCAAUCAGAUGUGGGAUUACAGCGAACGCACAAAAGUUAUUGUUCACAGAAAUACUGGUCUUUGUUUGGAUAAAGCGGAUCCCGAGAAAGACUCGACUCUACCGGUGCUUAAGCGGUGCGACGGAAGGAAUUCACAGAAAUGGCAAAUGAAAAGUAACUUUAAAUGGCAGACAUCUAAACAAGAGAUUAAUGAAAAUGAUAGAGAAUCGGAUAAUAUGUUAUAACUGUUCCGACGGUUUAGUAACGAUUAAAAUGAGAUGAAAGUCAACGAAAGAAACAAAAUGUUGCAAAAGUCGAUGCAAUCAUUUGCUCACUCAAUGAGUUCUCAUUAUUUGAAGCUUGAAAUUGAUUUGAACUAAAUAUUCUCAAAAAACUUUUGAAUUCUUCACACUUUUGUGCCUUUUCUUGAAUUUUAGAUAAAUACGGAAAACAUAACUAAAAACAUACAAAAGAGAUAACAAUUGAAACAACAUUUAAGUGCAAAACAAUUGAUGAAUUGAUGUCCAGUUUUGAUUGAAUGAGAAACUAAUGUUACAAUUAUUUAUACAUUACAUUGCAUUCCAUUACCAUAUGUUGGGUCUUCGAG